AUGGCUGAUAAUUAUCAAUGUCAUCAACCAUAUUCAAAUGACAUAGUUUCUGAAAUCAAAGACGAUGUAACGAAUGAUCGACAAGAUACAUCAAAUACGAAUAUAUACACAAAGAAGAAAAUAGAAUUAAUGUGUGUGGUGUGUGGUGCUCCAGCGAUCGGUUAUAAUUUUGAUCAAAUUACAUGUGAAUCUUGUAAAGCAUUUUUUCGACGAAAUGCAUUGAAAUCAUUGGGGACUUUUAAAUGUCGUUGCUGCACUGGUGUUAGUGAUGUUAACAUACUUAAUAGAAAACGUUGUAAAGCUUGUAGACUGCAAAAAUGUUUUGCAAAAGGCAUGCGAAAAGAAUGGAUAUUGUCCGAUGAACAAAAACGUUCGAAAAAGCAAAAAAUGAAAGAAAAUCGUCGUGUUCGACAGUUAAACAAUUGUCUCACUGAGUUUGAGGUACAGGUAACAGCAAAUAAAACGAGUUAA